UUGAGAGGGACUUUGCUGAGAGAGAGCUCACCAAGAUAAAGCAACUGCUGUUUGUUUUGUCUAGUCAAGGGAGAGCCAAGGCAACCAAUAUUUUGAGUUUCUUUUAUUUCAUUUGCGAAAGAUUAUUUAAGAAAGGGUGUCGAGGGGAAGUUUCCCGACAGGCAUUUUUAAAGCUGUGUAUUAGCAGACGAGCAGGGGAGUCUUGGAUGUCAACGCCUGACAAACUCUUGAGACCAGCUACCAAACCACGAAAAGGGACUUUCUGAGUCUUUUCUCCGAUGGAAGCAGAAACAGGGAGCACCAUGGAGACCGGAAAGGGCACCAGUCGAGGUGUUCGAAUUGCACUGGCCCUGUUUGUUGGUGGCACCCUGGUCCUGGGCACACUGCUCUUCCUAGUGAGUCAAGGCCUCCUAAGCUUCCAAGCUAAACAGGAGUACUGUCUGAAGCCAGAGUGCAUAGAAGCCGCUGCUGCCAUCAUGAGCAAAGUAAAUCUUUCUGUGGAUCCCUGUGAAAACUUCUUCCGGUUUGCUUGUGACGGCUGGAUAGACAAUAACCCGAUUCCUGAAGAUAUGCCGAGCUUUGGGGUUUAUCCCUGGCUCAGACACAAGGUUGACCUCAAGCUGAAGGCACUUCUGGAGAAACCGGUUAGUCGAAGGCGGGACAUCGAAGCUGUACAGAAAGCCAAAAUCCUUUAUUCAUCCUGCAUGAAUGAGAAGGCGAUUGAAAAAGCAGACGCCAAGCCCCUGCUCCACAUCUUGCGGCAUUCACCUUUCCGCUGGCCUGUGCUCGAAGCUAAUAUUGGUCCUGAAGGGGUUUGGUCAGAGAGAAAAUUCAGCCUCUUGCAGACGCUGGCAGCAUUCCGUGGGCAAUACAGCAAUUCUGUGUUCAUCCGUCUGUACGUGUCCCCCGAUGACAAGGCGUCCAAUGAACACAUCUUGAAGUUGGACCAAGCAACACUCUCCCUGGCUGUGAGGGAAGACUUCCUUGAUAACAGUACGGAGGCCAAAUCUUAUCGGGACGCCCUUUAUAGGUUCAUGGUGGACACUGCGGUGCUUUUAGGAGCUAAUAGCUCUCGAGCUGAACAUGACAUGAAGUCAGUGCUUAGACUGGAAAUCAAGAUAGCCGAGAUAAUGAUUCCACACGAAAACCGAACCAGCGAGGCUAUGUAUAACAAAAUGAACAUCUCAGAACUCAGUGCUAUGAUUCCCCAGUUUGACUGGCUGGGCUACAUCAAGAAGGUCGUGGACACCAGACUCUACCCACACUUGAAAGACAUCGGUCCCUCGGAGAAUGUGGUGGUCCGCGUCCCGCAAUACUUUAAGGACCUAUUUAGGAUAUUAGCUUCGGAGAGGAAGAAAACCAUUGCCAACUACUUGGUGUGGAGAAUGGUUUAUUCCCGAAUUCCAAACCUCAGCAGGCGCUUUCAGUAUAGAUGGCUGGAAUUCUCAAGGGUCAUCCAGGGGACCACGACUCUGCUGCCUCAGUGGGACAAGUGUGUGAACUUCCUGGAGAACGCCCUCCCGUACGUCGUGGGGAAAAUGUUUGUGGACGUCCACUUCCAGGAGGACAAGAAGGAGAUGAUGGAAGAGUUGGUCGAGGGCGUUCGCUGGGCCUUCAUGGACAUGCUGGAGAAGGAAAACGAGUGGAUGGACGCGGGAACAAAAAGGAAAGCCCAAGAAAAGGCAAGAGCUGUUUUGGCAAAAGUCGGCUAUCCAGAAUUCAUAAUGAAUGAUACGCAUGUUAACGAAGACCUCAAGGCGAUGAAAUUCUCGGAGUCGGACUACUUUGGCAACGUGCUGCAAACCCGCAAAUAUUUGGCGCAGUCGGAUUUCUUCUGGCUCCGAAAAGCCGUUCCCAAAACGGAGUGA